AUGUUGGAGGCGGUGGGCCGUUAUCUGAUGAAAUAUGUCCGUUAUGAUUGGCGAACAAACAGUAUGGCGCGUGUGGCCAUAUGUCGCGGCACGUGCGACGGUGCAGCGCAUCGCGCGCGCUGUUCACUCAGGGAUAAAACUGUAAACUACAGACCUACAAUACUUAAAGAGGGUUUACAGUACGGGACUCUACCGAAAAAAUUGAACAAUUCAAAUUUAAUGUCUUGA